CGCAGAUAAUAGAAACCGCUCAAUAUCCACCAUUAUUAAACAUAUCUCAAUUAGACCCAACAUACACCCUUUUACUCAAUUCAAAAUGUUCGCCAUUCAACCAGCACAAAAGCCCUCUUCCGACAACGACACAUCGACUGGCAGUGAUCAAUUCACGCCUAACAUACUCCCCUGUCGCAUUCGUCACGAUGGCCCUGUCGAAACACUAGACCGCUACUGGACACCCGAAUCCGAUGAAAAUGACAAGAACCUGCAGACAGCCUACUUCCGCGGCCGCAAGCUAAGGGGGCGACGAGUUGCGAUACCAGAAGGUUAUGAGGGUAUCGUUGCGACGCCGUCAGACCGUGUGAUGCCUUCUACCCAAACAAGCGCAGACGUUGAAGUCGAGGAAACCGAACCCGAAGAGCCAGUCAAGGUUCUCGAGAAGCAGGGUACAUUCGACGAAUAUGUGGUCUGGGGACAUGAAUGGGUACCGGCGGCAGACGACUCCUUUGUAAAAGGCGUGGAGGAGUGGAUUAAGCUGGCUGAGGCGAUGCAUUGCCAGCCCAGCAGCGAAAAGAAAGCUUCUACUUGAGCCUGGUUGUAAACAGGGGCCAUGAUAACCCAGUACAGGACGUUCCUGGCUUCGCCCGCGUGGUUACAAUUCCUUGAUAUUCGACAAGUCCUUCCGAUAAGCCUGCUACAACACAAACCCAACUCUUACGGUGAACCUCUCGGCGUGUCCAGGCGAUAAGUCAGCUCAAGCUUGCCAUCUGUGGGUUCUGGUUGAACCCAGCCCAACCAGGACCACGAUAGACCUCGUGGGAGCAACUCAACCAACCAGGAGGCCAACACAACAAUCCGAAUCUGUACCGAUGUAUCCUGCAAUCACGGGUCCUCGAAGGCAGAUUAUUAGACACCCAGGGCCUCCAAUAUUCCGACAUGUGCAGGCAGACGCAUAUAUAAGCAAGCUGGCCGACAUGCGCAAGAUAGGAUGUCGGAAAGGACCAUAGUUAUCGCAGAAUACCAAUCAUAUGUCAUGGGAGCUGUUCGAAGAACCAAAC